CCGCGCAUGAAGGCAGCCAGAGCAACGAGCAAAGGAGCCACCGAUGCUGCGAUCUUUGCCGUGAACGAUACCGUUCUCGUAAAGCAUGGGAUUGAGAUAUUCGAUGCUAAGGUCCUUCGCUUGGACGAAAACAGUGAUACUCCACACUACUUUGUGCACUACAGCGGUUGGCACAAGAAAUGGGACGAAUGGGUGUCUGCAGACCGCGUCUUAGACACGAGCCCAGAGUCUCGAGAACUUCAGAAGCAGGCCAAGUUGAACGCCAAAGAACAGGUGAAACGUAAGGCCACAACUGCGACGAUCACUUCGUCUGGUGUUACCAAGAAGAAGACGAAAGUAGUAGACCCAUUUGAUGACGCAGUUGUCGUCAAGGACCAUGCGCGGGAUUUGGAAGAAGUCGUACAAGAAGUCCAAGUGUCCAUUCCCAUCCCGAUGACCCUGAAGAAGAUUCUCAUCGAGGACUGGAAGAAGAUCACCCAAGAACAGCAAUGGAUCGAUCUGCCCCGUGUUCCUAACGUUCACACGGUUAUUGCUGACUACCUUGAACACGAAUCGUCUAAAGAGCACGACCUCGAGAUUACGCGCCCGAUGUUGGAAGGGCUGGAAGCGUAUUUUGACCGCGCAUUGCCGUUGAUUCUCCUCUACAGGCAAGAACGUGAGCAGCAUGACGAAAUUGCUGCGACUUCCAAAGUGAACGACGACAGCACGGUUGCAGUGCGUGCCGCUUCAGCCCCCUCAUCGAUCUACGGCGCGGAACACCUUCUUCGUCUCUUUGUACGCUUACCGCUGCUUAUGAGUCAAAUGGGCUUGGACCUUCCCCAGUCGGACCAAACUCGCAUUCAAAGCACCAUGACAGCGCUCCUCAAGUUUUUGCAGAAGAAUCGCCAAACGUACUUUGUUCCCCACUACAUAGCAUCCACGAAGUUUACAUGGCGUCCAUUGCCGGUGUCGGCCGCAACGGACGCUCCCACCAAGUGAAAAUGAAAUGUGCCAUCAUUAUGCUUGUGGUAUAAUUUUCGACGAAUCACAUCCCUUUAUCUCAAUCCUAGCGCACGCUGAUUGGUCUAUUCCGAAAACCCCCAUACCAACAUGGACCAAUGAGCGAGAACUGUGAAAGCGCGCGAGAACAUUCAUUUUCGAAUUUCCGACGUGGAGACCACACCCUGAUCAGAAGGCGUACCCAGUGCCGAUGAGGUUGCGCACGUACAGAACUUGUCCGAUCGCGAGGGAAAGCAAUACGAUAUUGGUGAGAACGGUCCCCCACACGACUCGUGACUGCACCGUCUCCGCAGCUACAGCGCAUCCAUCAAUGUUUCACGUGGGGUAGUCGGUAACAACGUACUGUUUCGACUGUGACGUUCGUUUUGGAUGAUCGAGAUGAGCUCUCCUUUAAGGUCCCACACGGAGUAGCGAAAGUGACCAAUUUCACGCAUGACGUCCAACCCCAUGUCCUCAAACGUGAUAACAGGGUAAUGCGCCAUAAUUGAGUGCGCAUUGCCAGUGAGCCGUGCGGAACCACCUUCGUCCGCGACUUGGAUUGAAUACACAAUCGAUGGGUAAUCUUCCGCGUUCAUUGCGGCUACUCAGUUUAGUCGACGACGAUCCACGGCAAGUUGAAACAUGAGCAUGGCACAUAC